AUGGAAAUGCAAAAAAAGGAGCAUGUGUUAAAUCCACAAGUUGAGAAGUUACCUAAGGUAGCAAGCUACGUAAUUCCGAAUGUCAAUGAAGAGUUGCAAGGACAAGAGUGUAUUUGUCUGCAGCCUAUGUUAGAUGUGCCAAUAUAUGGGAGAAUCGCGACACUCGAGCUUUUCCGUCCCCACGGUGAAACACAAGAUCUUCUCUUCAUUGCGACGGAGCGAUAUAAAUUCUGUGUCCUUCAAUGGGAUGCUGAGGCAUCUGAAGUUAUCACAAGAGCAAUGGGAGAUGUCUCAGAUCGAAUAGGCCGUCCCACAGAUAACGGUCAGAUUGGUAUAAUCGACCCAGACUGCAGAUUGAUCGGGUUGCAUCUUUAUGAUGGACUAUUUAAGGUUAUUCCAUUUGAUAACAAAGGCCAACUGAAGGAAGCCUUUAACAUCAGGCUUGAGGAGCUUCAAGUUUUGGAUAUUAAAUUCUUGUAUGGUUGCCCAAAGCCUACAAUUGUUGUUCUAUAUCAGGAUAACAAGGACGCACGACAUGUCAAAACAUAUGAGGUGUCGUUGAAGGAUAAAGAUUUUAUUGAAGGGCCAUGGGCUCAAAAUAAUCUCGAUAAUGGAGCUUCUUUGCUAAUACCAGUACCUCCGCCACUGUGUGGUGUACUGAUUAUUGGAGAAGAAACCAUAGUUUACUGUAGCGCUUCAGCUUUUAAGGCUAUCCCAAUUAGACCUUCUAUCACAAGAGCAUAUGGGCGGGUUGAUGCUGAUGGUUCUCGAUAUUUGCUUGGGGAUCAUAAUGGGCUUCUUCACCUACUUGUAAUCACUCAUGAAAAGGAAAAAGUUACCGGACUCAAAAUUGAGCUACUGGGAGAAACUUCUAUUGCAUCAACCAUAUCAUACCUAGACAAUGCUUUUGUCUUCAUUGGGUCAAGCUAUGGAGAUUCACAGCUCGUAAAGCUCAAUCUCCAGCCCGACCCCAAAGGUUCUUAUGUGGAAGUUCUAGAGAGAUAUGUCAAUUUGGGGCCAAUUGUGGACUUCUGUGUUGUUGACCUGGAGAGGCAAGGUCAAGGUCAGGUCGUGACUUGCUCUGGAGCCUAUAAGGAUGGCUCACUUCGUAUUGUUCGAAAUGGAAUUGGAAUAAAUGAACAGGCAUCUGUGGAACUACAAGGGAUCAAAGGAAUGUGGUCUCUUAGAUCAGCUACUGAUGAUCCGUAUGACACAUUCUUGGUUGUUAGCUUCAUUAGCGAGACACGUGUUUUAGCUAUGAACCUUGAGGAUGAGCUGGAAGAAACUGAGAUAGAAGGCUUCAAUUCUCAAGUCCAGACCUUGUUUUGUCAUGAUGCGAUAUACAACCAGCUUGUACAGGUUACUUCUAACUCUGUAAGAUUGGUCAGCUCUAUCUCUAGAGAUCUGAAAAACGAAUGGUUUGCUCCAGCCGGCUACUCAGUCAAUGUUGCAACUGCUAAUGCCACUCAGGUUUACCUCUUGCAUUUAUCCAUGACUUCAUAAUAGUUUGAGACAGGCAACAGCCUGUUGAUGAUUAUUUCUUUUCCCUUUUUUUUUNUGAAUGAAGUAAAAUAUGCCAAGUUGGAUUAUGAUAUCUCAUGCCUGGACAUAAAUCCAAUUGGUGAGAAUCCAAACAAUAGUCAAAUUGCAGCAGUUGGAAUGUGGACAGACAUAAGUGUCAGGAUAUAUUCACUUCCCGACUUGAAUCUCAUUACAAAGGAACAGCUAGGAGGGGAGAUAAUUCCUCGUUCUGUUCUUAUGUGUUCCUUCGAAGGGAUAUCUUAUCUACUAUGUGCUUUGGGAGAUGGUCAUCUCUUGAACUAUGUAUUGAGCAUGAGUACUGGUGAGCUGACAGACAGGAAAAAAGUGUCUCUUGGAACCCAGCCCAUAACACUUCGUACAUUCUCAUCUAAAGAUGCUACACACGUCUUUGCUGCCUCUGAUAGGCCCACAGUUAUUUACAGCAGUAACAAGAAGCUGCUUUAUAGCAAUGUAAAUCUUAAAGAAGUUAGUCAUAUGUGCCCAUUCAAUGUUGCAGCUUUUCCAGACAGCCUCGCAAUUGCAAAAGAAGGAGAGUUAACAAUUGGCACUAUUGAUGAAAUUCAAAAGCUUCACAUCCGUUCAAUACCCCUCGGGGAGCAUGCACGGCGGAUCAGCCAUCAAGAGCAGACCAGGACAUUUGCUCUAUGCAGCGUCAAGUAUACUCAGUCGAAUGCAGAUGAUCCUGAAGUGCAUUUUGUCCGCCUGUUAGAUGAUCAGACAUUUGAGUUCAUAUCAACUUACCCCCUUGACCAAUUUGAAUAUGGUUGUUCCAUACUUAGCUGCUCCUUUUCUGAUGACAGUAAUGUGUAUUAUUGCGUUGGCACUGCUUAUGUGAUGCCAGAGGAAAAUGAACCUACCAAGGGCCGAAUUUUAGUUUUUAUUGUUGAAGAUGGAAAGCUCCAACUAAUUGCAGAGAAGGAAACUAAGGGAGCUGUCUACUCUCUAAAUGCCUUCAAUGGGAAACUGCUUGCUGCAAUCAAUCAGAAGAUUCAAUUGUACAAGUGGGCCUCGCGUGAAGAUGGUGGCAGCCGAGAAUUGCAGACAGAAUGUGGACACCAUGGUCAUAUAUUGGCUCUUUAUGUUCAAACACGUGGGGAUUUUAUUGUCGUCGGUGAUUUGAUGAAGUCCAUUUCUCUACUGAUUUUCAAGCACGAGGAGGGUGCUAUAGAGGAGCGAGCCCGGGACUAUAAUGCAAAUUGGAUGUCAGCUGUCGAGAUUCUCGACGAUGACAUUUAUCUUGGUUCGGAGAACAACUUUAACCUUUUCACUGUCAGGAAAAAUAGUGAGGGUGCUACAGAUGAAGAGCGCAGCCGUCUUGAAGUGGUUGGUGAAUACCACCUUGGUGAAUUUGUUAAUAGGUUCAGACACGGUUCACUUGUCAUGCGAUUGCCAGAUUCAGAUGUUGGCCAGAUACCUACCGUCAUAUUUGGCACAGUGAAUGGUGUUAUUGGGGUCAUUGCCUCGCUUCCUCAUGAUCAGUAUUUAUUUUUGGAAAAGCUGCAGACAAACUUAAGGAAAGUGAUAAAGGGUGUAGGCGGACUGAGCCAUGAGCAGUGGAGGUCGUUUUACAAUGAGAAGAAAACUGUAGAAGCUAAAAACUUUCUUGACGGAGAUUUGAUUGAAUCAUUCCUAGAUCUUAGCAGGAGCCGGAUGGAAGAUAUUUCUAAAGCAAUGGCAGUUCCUGUUGAGGAACUAAUGAAGAGAGUGGAAGAGUUGACAAGGUUGCAUUAGUUAUUCUUUAACGGUCUUCCUCUUCCCCAGCAUGUAAUAUUUCACAUUUCUCUCUUGAUUUUUGUUUUCUGUGAGGCUGUGAUACAAGUUCUUAUCCGUAUAUUUGUACUUAUCAUCUGAUCUAUUUAUAAUCGCUGCUGAAUUUUCAUUUUAUCUUUAAGAUGAUCUAGUGGAAUAAUUAUUUUCCAA